UUUGGUUCUAAAGGCGAAGUUGCGAGAAGAAAGGAAAAGGAGGAGACGCGAUCGGGGCUGUUGAAAUUAUUAGUACGUUCAACAUUACGUGUCUGCUCUGCCCUCUGUAUUUUGUGUGUAUGCUCUUGGUGUGGUGGUCUGUGUUGAUAAACAUCGCCUGGCUCUCAGCUGAAGCCCUGACAGUGCAGUGGGACGUGCGGGACAGUCACUGACCGGGGAUCUGAUUAGGCCAUGGCCAAUAGGGGAGGAGCUACGAGACCCAACGGCCCCAACGCUGGGAACAAGAUCUGCCAGUUCAAACUGGUGCUACUGGGGGAGUCGGCCGUGGGCAAGUCCAGCCUGGUGCUUCGCUUCGUCAAGGGCCAGUUCCACGAGUUCCAGGAAAGCACAAUAGGAGCUGCCUUCCUGACCCAGACGGUGUGUCUAGAUGACACCACGGUGAAGUUCGAGAUCUGGGACACUGCAGGACAGGAGCGCUACCACAGCCUGGCACCCAUGUACUACAGAGGAGCACAGGCCGCGAUCGUGGUCUAUGACAUCACAAACGAGGAGUCAUUUGCUCGGGCCAAAAACUGGGUGAAGGAGCUGCAGAGACAAGCCAGCCCCAACAUUGUAAUUGCUCUGUCAGGCAACAAGGCUGACCUAGCCAGUAAGAGAGCUGUGGACUUUCAGGAUGCCCAGUCAUACGCAGAUGACAACAGCUUGCUCUUCAUGGAGACGUCAGCCAAGACCUCUAUGAAUGUGAACGAAAUAUUCAUGGCUAUUGCUAAAAGAUUGCCCAAGAACGAGCCUGCGGCCCCCGGAGCCAACAGUGGGCGGAACAGGGGUGUUGAUCUAACGGAAGCCGCCCAGCCAACCAAGGCUCCGUGCUGCAGUAACUAAUGCGAAACCCGCCCCCCUUCAACACUGCAGAAAUUAAUGCAAAUCCCUGCCACCCCCCCACACUGAAGUAACUAAUGCGACCAAUGGCCCAACUGCCACUGCAGUAAACUAAUGCGAUGUCCCACCCUCAAAGACUCUGAUCUGCAGCAACAGAAGUGGAUGGCCUCUUCCCCUUUUCCACCAUUCUGCAGUAACUAAUGAAAGGCAACGCCCUCACCAAUAUUUCUGUCAAUGAUACUUGCCCCUUCCUGUCCUGCACUGGUUCUGCUGUUACUAAUUGAGACCCCUCUCACUUUUCUUCUUUUCUGAAAUUAAUGCCCGCCCUCCUACUCAAUUCUUCCUGCCUAUUGGGUAGCAGCGAGACUAAGGGGCAGGGCAGCUGAUCUCUCUUUGGAUGGCUACAAACUCUAUUCACUCUUUUUGUAAAACUCUCCUUUUAUGUCCUUUUAUUAUUUGUUCCUUUUUGUGUUUCUAUGUUUUAUUUUUAAUUGUUUGUUGGAAUAAUGGAUGCAUGUAUCACUACAAGGCCUAAAAUUAGGACACAUCUAUGUUGUAAAUUUUUUCAGUGGCACAAAGCAAAUCUUAGUGAGCAGAGUGACUCCAAAAACAAAGAAGGAACGGCUAGAGUGAUAAGAAAAGUUUCCAAAGGCUGACCAGGGUUCAAUUAUUAAGGCUAAAAAAUAUACCAUUUGUUGGUAGAUGUUGGUCCUACAACUUUCUUUAGCUUCAUCUGUCUUGUCUCAUCUGUGUUUGGAGUAACGUGCUCUCCUGCCAGCCUCCCCUUAACCUUUAGAAGCACUGGUGUAGCGCUGCAUUCUUCCCUCUCUUUGCCCUGUCCUGGGGCCUCGCCUGCUUCUAGCACUCAAUCCCAAAUCAAACCCUAGCCUUACACUCUUAAGCACUUAAUGAGGUUUUGAGGUAGGUUUGCACGAUAUGGGCAAAACAAAUGUUUUUUUCCCCCAACCCAGUUUGACUUGGAAUAUACAGAACAUCAAAACACGGGUGUUUUUAAUCAUAGAAAUGAAGUAAUUUACAUUGAGAAGUAAAAUUAAAAGCGGACUUGUUCCUUUCUGGAACAACCUGUUGACUGCAUUUGAGCAGCCGCACGAGUCGAAGGAGAGGUCGGACCGUCAGAGCAGAGGAUGAAAACAGAGGUUUUCCGUGCCAAAACAAAAAUGGUUUCAGUCCCUUGAAAUCUUGAUAUUGCACAUAGAAAUGUGUUUUUGCUGUGGGAUUCAUUUUGCAGCCCUCAUAUGAGGUGUCAUCUACAGGCUGAAUAUCUCUCCUAGCGUCACCAUAAUGGUUGCACCGAUUCGGUCCUCUUCGAUCCAAGUGCCAGUCGGCUAGACGGCUGGAGGCCACUUCUGGUUUUGGGUGUGAGUGACACAGUGGUGGUGUAGUGGUUCACAGUGUUGUGUCCCUGACUUCAGUGUCUGCAAGGAACUUCACACCGCAGAAGCAACACAACCCACAGCCCUGCCCGGUUAUUGGCACAGCAUGGCCUCCGGCCCUACGAGACUGAUUUACUAGUGACCCUUCCCUACGCCCUCCGCCAAGCCCCCGGCCGUUUAUCUACCCAAGACUGUUAUCAUAUCUGGUGGUGACCUGGAUUGUGUGGGGUCCCUCCAGGUGUUUGAACGGGUGCUGGUUGGAACAAAGCGGUUUUCCAUCUGGCGAGACUGAUGGUGACUGAUGAUGAGACCUCUAGAUGCCGCCCCAUUCCCAGAGGAUUUCUCUGAGAUCAGAUUUGUGACCCCUUCCCCCCUGCUGUAGGAAGUGUUUCAGAGAGUACAUGUAUGUGCAAGCUUGUAUUCACACAGGGGCUUGGCUGGCGGGCGAUUAAAAUAUCCAAAUAAAGACAACACACGUACACAAACACAGUUAGACAGUGUUGUUCUUUGAAUCCCUCCCGGGCAUAAAUACUGUAAUAAAACACACACACACACACACACAAAUGCUCAAACGCUGCAUGCUCACACACACUUUUGUGUUGUUUUAAACCCUGGAGCGGUCAUUCACAGUUAACCCCCCUUAUUCUGGUCAUUAACUUUUUCCAGGUCUGUUUUACUCAUGCCUUGCACUAAUGACGCUCAUGAAUAUAUCUUGUCAUGAUUACAGCCAGUGUGAUAUAAAUAAAAAUAUAUAUAUAUAUAUAUAUAUAUAUACAUAAUAUACUGUAAAUAGGGUGUUGCAAUGUAGUCUACUUUUUCGAUUUACAAUUGACAGGACUCAUGCUUGCUAGGGAGUUGUCUAGGUAAUCAUAAAAAAAUGUACAGUUACCAGGAAAUAGAUUCGGUCUGGGUUUGGAGUUAUGUUUUUUUGUCUGUUUGUUUUUCUCACAAAAAAUGGUUAAAUUAUAAUCGAUGUUGGUCUUUAUAAAUGUAUGUAGUGUUAUUAACAACAAAAAAAGAACUUGCAUUUCUUUAGUGGUAUGUUGUGUAUGUUUAUUUUUUUUUCUCAACAAAAAAAAAUACAAAAUGUUUUUUUUUUUGUUUAUAUUUUUUUAACAUUCUCUUGUGUUUCACAAAUGAUUUUGUUGGUGAUCUAAAGCCAGGGAAGCCCUGUCCAGUAAUCAGCAACCCACUGGAACAGACCUUCCUCACAAUACACUGUCUGGUGUAAAAUCCCUGUUGGAGCAAAGCAGGAUGCAGAUCUGAUUGACAACUAACCGCCUGCCUGUUUUUUUUAACGUCUCAGUAAACAAUGUAACAACGUUGUAGGAACAAUGUAACAACCUUUGUAGAAGAAACAAGAAGACUGGUCAGUUCUACUGUUGGGGUACUAGCUGGUGGAUCAUGAUGACAAUGAUGUUGAAUAAAUGGAUUAACACAUA